GCACGCUUCUUUCAAAGCCACGCUGCCAAACUCACUUUUAACGUGCCGAAAAUUAAAAAUCCUGUGCAAAAUUUAAUGUAAUUUUGACGUCUGUCAUAUUACUGUGAAAGUGCAAGGCAUUUCCUCGCGUUUUAUAUCGAAAAAAUACAGUAAAAUCACUUAAAACAUAGUUCGGUAAAAGCCGGCAUCUGCGACUUGACAACGCAGUAGAAGAAUUCUUGAGCACGUUGUUCUGAAGAAGUUAAUUUCAAAUCACGGCAAAUCUAAUAGAAAAGUACGUUGUAAAAAUGAUCGACUUUUUAAAUUCGUUUAAAUCUCUAGUGAAAGUAGAGAAAAUAUACACGGAUAACAAUGUGUUUAAAUUGCACUACAAAGUCACGGUUAUCAUGUUAAUAGUUUUUUCCAUACUGUUAACCAGCAAACAGUACUUCGGGGACCCCAUUGAAUGCGAUGUGGAGAACAAAAGGGAGCUGUACAACACUUUCUGCUGGAUUUAUGGCUCCUACACCCUGCCAGUCAGAGACGGUGAAAAAGUGCUGAGAGGUCUUGGUUUGGACGUAAACACUUACUUUGACCAAAGAAACGAAAACCACAUAAGCACAAGGACGUACCACAGGUACUACCAAUGGGUGUGCAUUAUUUUUUGCUUUCAAGCGUUGGUUUUCUACAUGCCCAGGUAUUUGUGGAAGAUAUGGGAGGGUGGUCGACUGAGGCAUCUCAUUAAAGAUUUAACUGGGCCUGUUAUUACGCCAUUGUGGACCAAUAUGGCUAAAGAUAAGUUGGUUACUUAUUUGAUUGGUGGAAAAUAUGCACAUAAUGCAUAUGCUUUAAGAUAUUGUGUCUGUGAGUUGCUCAACUUUCUUAAUGUGCUUGGCCAGAUAUAUUUUCUGAAUUGGUUUUUGAUGGGCCAAUUCUUCAUGUACGGAAUAAACGUCCUGCAGAACAAACAAAACAACAUGUCCGUGAUUUUUCCGACGCUGGCAAAAUGCACGUACUACAAAUACGGCCCUUCGGGCAGCAUGCAGAACCACGACGCCCUAUGCGUGCUCCCCCUGAACAUCCUAAACGAGAAGCUGUUCCUCAUUUUGUGGUUCUGGCUGUACAUCCUGCUGGCAAUAAGCGCUGUUGCCGUGCUUUACAGACUGCUGUUCAUGAUCGUGCCCGCCGUCAGGGUCUACAUGCACAUGGGGCAGGUCAGGAGCAUCGGCAAAAAAAAGGCGACCAUGAUCGUCAAGUCGCUCUCCUUCGGGGAUUUCUUCGUCAUGUACAACAUCGGCAAGAACGUCAAUCCCAUGGUCUACAAGGAGCUGGUCAACGGAGUCUACGAUCAAGUAAGAACCAAGGAGACUUUCUCCCUAUCCAAUACGGUUUGCAUAGAGGAAGUAAAGUAAAAAAAAAAAAUAAAAAAAAAUCCCGAGGACCUCACGUUUUUUCUGCAAUAUUAUUUAUUAAUGUCCGUUUUUUUUCCAGAUAAGAAUUAAAUGUUGAUUGUGAAAUUCUUUGAAACAAAGAAAAUCUCUUAGUUUUAGUUUUUUAAACGCGUCCAAUCGAUAGAGUUCAGUAGUUUGUGCGCAAAUGUCAAAAUUUGACGUUUCGACUGUCAAAAUUUGACGUUUAAUCUGUCAAUAAUAAAUUUUGACGUUCAAAGGUGUUUGGAUUAUUUUUAAGGUGUAUUUAAAUUGAGCUCUAAUUUUUUCGUUGUUUACAAUGGACGCGUUUUUCGAGUUUUAUUUAUUUUGUUAAAUUAGGUAUAAAGAAGUUUUGUUAAACCAUUCUAACUAUGGUUGCUUAUUAUGUUAAUAUUUUUUUCGAUGUUUUUUGUGAAUAAAACAAUUAUAUAUAGCUUUAAAAUGUUUAAUAAAC